GGUAGGUCGUGGGAAAGUGAAUAUAUGCUCGUCUAUAUUUGGGAGGUAUUUUCGUAUCUGAGUUUGGCAUCUUUCCCACGCGCCACCAUCACUUACACUCAGCUCUUUGUCUUCCGCUCGCCACUUUCAAAACACUCAUCAUCUAUAUUCUCUCUGCAUGGACGUACUCACUAUACCAUAGACAGGUCGAUAUUCUUACCCAGGACAAACCUCCGGAAAUACGAAAUCGCAGCUUUUGUGCGAACUACAAAUUCUGUGAGUGGCGUUCCAAUGUUUAUCACACUUUCAUGUGGCAUACGUAAUGGAUGUACUGUCCGAGCAUCUUCUUGGAGAAGCUACAUCCGUUCACAGCCUAUGAAGUGAAUAGCAGAGCAAAGAUGUUCUAGUAAAAGGGUCGACUCUGUGGAAAUCCGGACGCGUUCUUCCUCCCUUGGUCUCUGAGCCGCCAGUGUUCGUCGCCCGACGAGUCGUUUCACGAGCUCCUCGCGACUCGCCUUAAGGCCGAACCAACAUCGUUUAUUCUCGAUAACAUCUUCCGGCUCAUCAAAUGGCUUGCGGACCGAUAGUCCCAAGGUCUGCACGCAAAGGCCGAGCCGACAGUGGCCCGACGCGUCUUUGUUCAUGCCUAUUCGUUAGGUGUGGGGGAAGGCGUCGCUUUGGCCGUACGUUCAAGUCAAGCCAGGGCGGAGCGAAGCUUUUGUUUCUGCCACUUCGUUCUUGGUGGUCUCAGACGUGGUUAUUUCUCUUUUGGACGUUACAAUUUCAGUCCCAAGUCGGACUGGGCAUGCGGCAAUAAACAUGAAGACUGGAAACUCAUGUCUUUGCGCGUGGUUCCGCAUGUACAACGGCUGGCACGGAUUCCGUUUGGGAUGAAGAGAUGCUGUUUGCACCUUCCACAGAGAUAUGAGAUCAUAUGCAACCGGGCUUUCGCCCACCUGAGCUCACCUCUCUUAUAAACUUGUAUUCGCCCCGGUUUACUGACAUAUUCAAUUCUUCAGCCUUAAAUCUAGAUGGCCUCUGUUUUAGUGUCCAUCGCUGGGUGGACAUUUCUGCCAGAUUUCGCCACCCGUCAACUGCUCCCCUACUUCCACCGUGCCUACCAACGUAUCUUCAAACGACCACCUCCAGCACCUCAAACGCCGCUAUACUUUCAACAUUACCGCUAUGUCUACACUUUUGUCGUCCUCUCUUAUCUCUUUUACAACUUUCGCGAAGCGGCGUUAUCGAUGUCACCGAAUUACUACGAAAUCCUUGGAGUCAGUCCAAGCAGCGAUGAUGCGACACUGAAGAGCGCUUUCAGGUCGUUCGCAAAAAAGUUCCAUCCAGAUCGGGUGGGGCAGAAUGGAGAGGCAUUGUUCAUGGAGGUCAGAGAUGCUUUUGAGGCGUUGAAGAACCCUGUGACCAGGUUCGCGUAUGAUAGGUGGGAGAUAUUCUUAUUCGGACCCGACGCUUUGAGCUGGAAAAACUGCACGACAUUACGAGAAUAUAUCCGCCAUGGGUUGAUGCAAUCAACUGGAUUCCAUAUAGCCAGCCUUUGCACAUUAUUGCUGUUCUCGUCCGUAGGCAAGCCGAGUCCAAUAGCCUUUUGGCGUUAUCUCCUGUUCGCAUUCAUGUUUGUCUACGAACUCCUAUUUCUCCUCAGCCCUUCCCCUUCCCCUCCCUCAUCCACCGCCGCUUCUUCAUUAUCCUCCAUCUCUUCAUUUCUUUUCUCAGACUCCUCGUCCCGUUCAGCUACAAAGAACAGUAUCCUCUCACUCCUUUGGCCCAAUCGAGUUGCCUAUCAACACGUCCGCUUUCUUCACUCUCUUAGCAUCCUAUUAAGUGUGGCAUUCUCGAGGGUGGCGCCCGUACUCUUUCCGUCCCAAUUGGGUGGGGAGUAUGUGGAUCCAAAGGUGUUGAAGAGUGAGUUGGGGAAAGUGUUUGCAACUUCUCAGAUUGUUCUCGCCGAAGCAACCAAAAUGGUCGACAUCGAACUCCACUCUGUUCACGGCGCACCAACAGGUGUCCCACCCACCGCCGGGACCUUCCCAUCUCCACCUCCCCUUCCCGAACCCGCAGAUUCCGUCAUGAACCUUAUUACGAUUGAACUAGAGAACAUGAUCAUAGAAGGGAAGUUACUCAAGGAAGAAGGACCUAUGAAGAGUGCCGUCGAGAGUGCUUUGGAAAGACGAAAGUGGCAUGGAGAAGCGCUUGACAAUGAUGUUGUUGAGCGCGAGAGAAAUACAGGGUUUGUAUCACCUACAAGGGCUGGACCUAGUACGCCUCGGAGGAUGCUUGGGUCAAUUGGGUCAGCGUUUGGGCUGGGAGGUGCUAGCCGUGGGUCUCCUGGGGUGAAGGCUCCGCCGGAAGGGUAUGUUAGGGGGAGGUCAUUGUCUUGUUGAAUAUUUUGUUUUCUCGCUGCUGGCUGUGGAUUUCAUCCUCGUCAUCUUUUCUGUUGUCGUUUGUACACAUAGAGUUGCGGAUCCUCACUUUUCUCACAUAUCCACAUACCAUCUCGCAGUUGUAAUAUAUCAGGUACUUACUUUGUGUACGUCGUUGUUGUUGUCCACCAAAUGUACGAUGCAUCCUAUUACAUUCCGACGAAGAAAUUAAUGCAAGUAUACGAAACGCAAGCAAUGGAUACGAGUCACUAGUCCUAUGAUCAAACGAAUAGAUGGAUAGAUAGUAAUACAUAUUGCGGCGCGAGCUCGAAGAAAGAAAGGAAAGAAAUAUGCAAGGGAAUCCGGACUCCAAAUUGAUUGACCGUUGGGGAAGGAAAC